AGCACGCUUUUGUUCAAACUCAGAAGUCAGGGAGAGAGUCGGCUCCGUGCAGAGGUGCGCUUUCACGGCUCUCACCAGACAUAUAGGAAACCUCAGCAGAGUCGCUCCGGGCAACCGCGCUCAUCUGGGUGUACUUUCGACCCUCAGUACCACGCUGGGAUACUAAAUCACUUCUUUUUUAUUAUUGCCCUUCAUUCGUGUGAAGUUUAAUCAGGGACAGUAAGGUGUCGCGGACGAAGCAGCUGGAAGCGUGGGGAAGGAUUUUUCUUACACCUCUCUUCUCUUGUCGGUUGAUUCUGGAGUUGUGACUGGUGCCAUGUACACUUCCUAGUUGCUUUUAACAGAAAGGAGAGGGUAAAGCUCAUGCUACUCACCGUUCUCCUCCUCCUCCUCCUGGCUGGAUCUCUAUGGAGAGGGUAUGCUGAGAGAGGUAUGCGCUCACGCAGCUCUUGGAGUUACUUCGCGGCCGAGGCAGCACCGUGAAUGAUAAAUUUCACCGACCUGGAGAGCAGAAGAAGACACACUUAAUCUCAUUUUGAAUGCCUUUGCAAGGAGUUUGCUGGUUUCUGUGCUGCAGGCAGGGCUUCAGUUUGCUCGGACGGGACUAUGGGGAGAAAGAGGAGGAAGAGUCUUUUGAAUUGCGCAACAAGGAGGACUUGACUCCCAAUGGACGGACUCCAGCUGAGGUGACUGUUUCUCAGCCAACUCGCACAGCCAAUGGAACAAAUGGGCACACUGUCCCAGAGGCGCCUGACGAGAUGAAGAGUCUGAUCAUUGAGAAGAAUAAGAUGGGCCUGGAGGAAGAGCCUGAGCUGCUGGUGAAAGGUUGGCUCUUACGGGAGGUGCGAGGGAACUGGAUCAAGCAGCGUCGGUACUGGUUUGUGCUGAGCCAGGACUCCCUCGACUACUACAGUGGACCGGAGAAAGGCGCCCGCCGACUGGGCACGCUGGUCCUCACCAACCUCUGCUCCGUCAUCUGGCCAGACAAGCAGACGUACAAGGAGACAGGUUACUGGAGCAUUACAGUUUAUGGGCGGAAACACUGCUACAGGCUGUACACCAAGCACUUCAAUGAGGCUGUGCACUGGGCUUGUGCCAUCCAGAAAAUAAUUGAUACCAAAUCGCCCGUGGAAACACCAACACAGCUCCUGAUCCGAGACAUCGAGGAGAACAAGUUCAACCCCGAGGUAGUGGAACACAUCUACCAGCACAAUCCCAUCCUGAAAUACACCCAGGGGCCCCUGUACGCUCCUCUUCUGCCCUUCCCCUACGGCAGUUUGGAGCACACAUACCACAGUGGGAAAGGCUACGGCUCUGUGCGUGAGGAGGCCGUGAAGCUCUUCAACUGCCUCCAGCAGCUGGAAUCGGCACGAGAGCCGGUUCCCAUCAUCCAGGGCGUGCUGCAGACCUGCCUGGACCUGCGCCCCCUCCGCGACGAGGUCUACUGCCAGCUGGUGAAGCAGACCAGCUACACACCUUCACCGUACACUGCUGCACAUCUCCGUUACUGGCAGCUGCUCACCUGCAUGAGCUGCACCUUCCUGCCUGGGUCCACCGUGCUCAAGUACCUGCGAUUCCACCUCAAGAGGAUCCAGAGCCAAAGUCCAGAGUCGGAGAUGGAUAACUACGCGUCAUUCAUCAGCGAGGCUCUGGAGAAGACCAAGUGUCGGGAGUGUGUGCCAUCCUGGGAGGAAAUCCAGAUGCUGAUGAGCCGACAGGAGAUGCUGUGCACGGUGCACUAUCCUGGCCCUGGAUCCUGCCAGCUUUACAUCAGCUCUCACACCACUGCCAAUGAGGUGGUUCGGAGGAUGCAAGAGAAGCUCGGCCUACAAGAGAGCAAUAACACAUUUGCACUGUAUGAGCAGAAUGCACUAUGGGAGCAGCCGGUCACAGGGAGCGCUCUGAUCGCAGACGUCCUGACCAGCUUCACCACCAAAGAGUCCGAGUCUAAAUCCCAAUGGAAGCUGUGUUUCAAGCUCUACUGCCUGUUGGAUGCCGACAGCAUAUCAGUGGACAGCAUAGAGUAUUUCUUCCUCUUUGAGCAGUGCCAUGAGAUGGUGGUUCGUGGUCAGCUGCCGGCCUGUGAAGAGGACCUGCAAGCGUUAGCGGCCCUGAGGCUUCAGUGCUUGAUGGGUGACUUCAGCACGCACGCCCCAUGCCCGCCUCUGGAUGAGCUUUUCCCAGGUCACAUGCUUGAAACUCGGGUUCUGAUGUCUCUUGCUGCCCCACAAGCUAUGCCUCCUUGUCAGGUGGCAGCCCAGGGGUGCCCCACCACACAGCGUUUUCCUACGGGCCUCCUGGCCGGGACGCUGUGGAGCCACACAGCUACAGCAGCACACAAGCAAAAGGUGGAGCAGGACAUGCGUCUCCGGAGCCGGCUGAAAGAAGAGGCAGCAGCCGUCAUGGGAUCCAUCUUAGAUCGAUGGAAAGGUCUGGCCGGCUACAGCCACAGGGACAGUAUGGCUGCCUACCUCACAAUUGCACGCCAGUGGUCGGGCUUUGGAUGCACUCUGUAUGAAGUCGACUUUUAUAUUAGUUCAACAGGGAGUUUUUCCCAGAAGCUGUGGCUGGGUGUAGCUGCUACAUCCGUUUCCCUGUACAAGCAGGGAGAAUCUGAGGCCUUGGAGUCCUUCCCUUAUGGCCAGAUUUGCUCUUACGGCGUAUCUGACAGCAACACCUUCAAGAUCACAGCUGGGGAUCGGGAUCUGCUAUUUGAAACCACCAAGCUGACUGAGAUCAUGCAGCUGAUGAAUGCGUAUUUCAGUGCCAUCCGUCGCCAGCGAGGAAAAGGGGAAGGUGCGGACAUCACCAUCACAGAAAGAACAGAGGUGGGCUUCCAUCAUCUGGUCUCGACGCCCACGCUCCUGGAGCUGCCCUCCCAUCCCGUUUGAAAGGAGGGACCCCCCCCCCCCCCACUACUAUCCUCCUCCACGUGCCCCCCCAC